UAGUCCAGAGCUCUGUCCCUCUGGGCUCCUGGCUCCUGGCUCACAGCCUCCCACCAUGGCUUGGCCUCUGCCCCUGGCUCUGCUCCUCUUGGCCCUCACUGUCUGCUGUCCUGGAGCCCAAGGGGGAGACAACGGAGCCCCGGACUGCUGCCUGGCCUACACCCAGAAAGCAGUCCGCCUGAACAUCGUCCGUUCCUAUCGCCAGCAGGACAUCAACGGGGGUUGCACCAUCCCGGCUGUCAUCUUCAGCCCCAAAAACCUGAAAAGGAAGGAUAUAUGUGCCGACCCCGACAUGCCUUGGGUCCGGGAACUCCUGCGCAAGUUGGACAGGUUUCCAAAGAUGCCAUGCCGGAAAAACAGAAGCCAAGGCCAGAACUGCAGAAGGACAAAGGACACCCCAAAACCCAAGAGAAAGAGGGCCCAGUGACCCCCUCCCAGAUCCAUGCUGAUGGUCCCAAACUCAGCGGCCACCAGAACCGGAGCAGAUCUGGGACAGGAAGGGGCAAGGCUGACGUCGGGCAGGCCAGCCCCAGCUCUGCCUCCUCCCUCCAUAGGGCAGACCCCAGUUUUCCUGGAAUUGGAAGGAGCAGAGCAGCAGGGACCCCUCACCUCCCCCCAUCCCAUGUAAAUACCCUUUGGAUCAGACUCAAUAAACUGUGUGAACCCCA